GAAGAGGGCGGGGGGGCGCUGCGUUCGAUACCCGUCCCGCGCGGAGGCGGGGUUGCGAGGCCCCGCCCCGAGCUAUGUGCCGCCGCCUUCGCCUGCUCGCGGGAGCUGGAGCGGUCGAGCAGCAGCUGCGGAGUUUUCGCUGCCUCCCUGGUGGCUGGGGCUGGGGCAUGAGCCUGGCGCCCGCGCGCGUGCAGUGAGGCCGGCCGGGCCCCGCCGCCUCUGCGCCAUGAAUCUGCACCAGGUGCUGACGGGCGCCGUGAACCCCGGGGACAACUGCUUCUCCGUGGGGAGCCUCCUCGGCCAGCCGCUCACGGCUUAUGCAUCAGGAUGUGAUAUCGUUAUCCUGGGGACUGAUUUUGAAAGAUUACAAAUAAUCCCUGGAGCAAAACAUGGAAAUAUUCAAGUGGGAUGUGUGGACUGUUCAAUGCAGCAAGGCAAGAUUGCAGCUUCUUAUGGAAAUAUGAUUUGUAUCUUUGACCCAGUUACCAUCCUGAAACAGAAGAGCAAUCAUCCUGCUGGGAUAUAUUACCAGUGGCAGAAGAGUGGUCAAAUUUUACUGGAUUCUAUAGCACAUAAUAUAACAUGGGAUCCCACUGGAACUCGUCUCUUGACUGGUUCCAGCUGUCUGCAACUUUGGUCCAAUAUUAAUUUGGAAAACCAAUCUGAAGAUGGGAAUCCUGAAAAAACAGAUGUUAGCUUUGGCGACUGGCAGCGUAUCUGGCAAUGCAAAAUGGCUUCCCAAGUUCAUCUAAUGAAAUUUUCACCCGAUGGAGAAUUCUUUGCUACUGCAGGAAAGGAUGACUGUCUUGUAAAAGUGUGGUAUAAUACAGAUAGCUGGCGAUCUGCAGUAACUCCUCAAAGUUCAAGUCCACAGAAACAAUCACAAGAUGUUGAUUUUUCAUUUGUUUACUUGGCCCAUCCUCGAUCUGUAAAUGGGUUUUCAUGGAGGAAGACAAGCAAGUACAUGCCAAGUGGUGCUGUAUGCAAUGUACUGUUGACUUGCUGUAAGGAUAAUGUAUGCCGUCUCUGGGCAGAGACUUUGUUACCCAAUGACAGUUUAUCAUGCGCUGGUGGAUACAACCAUUGGACUGAACCAGUGAACUUAACAAAUAACUUCAAAAGAAAUGCUUCUAGUAAGGAACGAAUGCAAAAUGCUUUAGAGUUAAAUCUAAAGCCCUUUCGAAGAGGAAGGAGACGGUCUCUUACCCUCAUAGCACAUACUGGAUAUUCCCCACAUCAGCAAGAUCCUCAUGAAGUUCAUCGGAACACUCCUUUGCAUGCAAAUGCACUCUGUCACUUUCAUAUUGCUGCCAGCAUCAAUCCAGCCACAGACAUUCCUCUACUCCCUUCUAUCACAUCUCUGAGUCUCAGUGAGAAUGAAGAAAAAAGUGGGCCAUUUGUAGUGCAUUGGCUGAACAAUAAAGAAUUGCAUUUUACCCUGUCCAUGGAAGUAUUUUUGCAACAACUUAAAAAGAGCUUUGAGCCGCAUUCUUCAGAGACCAGCACUGAAGAGUCAAACCAGUUGGAUGGCAAAUCAGAUGAAGAAGCUGAUGAUAAUGGAGAAGAUCAAAAAGGAAAUCAAGAAAAGAAAGAACAGGGUAGUGAGAAAAAUAUUCCAAACUCUGGCUUGGUGCCUUUAUCUUCUGCUGUUAUUGAUCAUGAGAUUGAAAUACUAUUGUCUGAGUGGAGCAAAAAUGCAGACAUGUUGUUCAGUAUUCAUCCCAUGGAUGGUUCCUUACUGGUAUGGCAUGUGGACUGGCUAGAUGAAUAUCAGCCUGGUAUGUUUCGUCAGGUGCAGGUGUCUUUUGUUUCAAGAAUUCCAGUAGCAUUUCCAACUGGUGAUGCGAAUUCUCUUUGCAGAAGUAUAGUGAUGUAUGCCUGCACCAAGAAUGUUGACCUCGCUAUUCAACAAGGCAAACAGAAGCCCAUUGGCCUGACACGUUCAUCAUCUAUGCUUAUCUGUGCUGGCCACAGUAAAUCAACUAACAGUUUAAAAUUAAGUAUUUUCACCCCCAAUGUUAUGAUGAUAUCAAAACAUGCAGAUGGGUCUUUAAAUCAGUGGCUAGUUAGUUUUGCAGAGGAGUCUGCUUUUUCGACUGUGCUCAGUAUUUCACAUAAAUCUCGAUAUUGUGGUCACCGUUUUCAUCUUAAUGAUCUGGCUUGUCAUUCAGUGUUACCUUUGCUGCUGACAACUUCUCAUCAUAAUGCUUUAAGUUCACCAGAUGAUGACAGUACAAAACAGAAUGACGCUUCAACUACUGGAGAGUCGUCUUUAAGAUCUCAGAAUAGAGAUACUACAAGUGUAACAUCCCAGGAUCCCAAUGCAGUUUAUAGCGAGCUUAUUCUUUGGCGAGUUGACCCAGUUGGGCCAUUAUCCUUUUCUGGAGGAGUUUCUGAACUUGCACGAAUUAAUUCUCUCCAUGUUUCGGCUUUUUCUAAUGUGGCAUGGCUGCCUACACUUAUACCCAGUUACUGUCUCGGUGCAUACUGCAAUUCUCCCAGCGCAUGCUUUGUGGCAAGUGAUGGACAAUAUCUGAGAUUAUAUCAGGCUAUAAUAGAUGCUAAAAAGCUUUUAUGUGAGCUGUCUAAUCCUGAAAUUUCUAAAUACGUUGGUGAAGUUUUUAACAUCAUAAGUCAACAGUCAACUGCAAGGCCAGGAUGCAUUGUAGAGUUAGAUGCUAUUACAGAGCUCCAUGGCAGAAAAACACAGUUACUUCACGUUUUUCAGGAAAACUUCAUUUUGAAUAACCAUGAGGCGAAAACACCUGAAAAGAACUGUUUAGAAGACUCUGGACAGCUGCAAAAUGGAUUCUCUGAGAAAUUUUACUUAAUAGUAAUUGAAUAUGCUCAAAAUUGCUCAUUAUUACACAUGUGGAAUUUACACUUGAAAUCCAUUCCAGUUUCAGUGGAUGAAAAAAUAGACUCAAAUAUAUCUGAAGGAGUAUCACAUCAAGAAGAGUUAUAUUCGUCCUCUCCGGAUCGAGAGAAGAUCCAGUCUCCCUUCACACAUAAAUAUCGGGCUUGUAGAGCAAACCUUCAAAGUACUAGUCGUCUGACACUCUCUUCAGAAAUGGUUUAUAGUCAAGAAUUGAAUUUACCAGAUGGAGUGGAAAUAAUAAGUGUUAAACCAUCAGCAGGGCACUUGAGUUCCUCUUCGAUGUAUCCAGUUUGUCAGGCCCCUUAUCUACUGGCAACUUCUUGCUCAGAUGGAAAAGUAAGGUUCUGGCGUUGCAAAGUGACUCCUGAAUCAGUGGCUGCUUCUACACCAGAAUAUACUGUAAAUAGUAAUGUUACAUAUAUAUGGGAAGAAUGGCCAUUACUUGUUGAGGAUCGACUUCUUAGUAGUAGUGCUGUGAGUGUUCCAGGCAGGCCAAUUGAAGUUAGUUGUGCACAUACAAAUAGAUUGGCUGUAGCAUACAAGCAAACAACAUCUAAAAAUAGUCGCUGUUCUCAAGAUUUCAUGAUGCAUGUUGGUAUUUUUGAAUGUGAAUCUACAGGAGGAUCGUGUUGGAUUCUGGAACAGACUCUUCAUUUAGAUGAAAUAAGCACAAUGUUGGACUCUGCCAUUAGUAUUGACAGUAAUUUAAUGGCAUACAAUAAACAAGAAAUGUCUAAUAGUGAGGGUACUUUGCCCAGCAUAAAGCACUUGGUUCACUUAGAUUGGAUGUCUAGGGAAGAUGGAUCACAUAUCCUAACAGUAGGAAUUGGAUCAAAGCUUUAUAUGUUUGGACAGUUGGCUGGGAACAUGCAUGACCAAACUAAUAAGGAGAUCUCUCCUUUGCCAUGGUGGGAAAAUGCAAAAGUUACAUCCCUUUGUAAGUUUGUACUGCUACGGUGUGUGGACUUGGUUUCUUCAGUAGAAGGAUCACCACCUCUGCCAGUUUCUUUAUCCUGGGUACGUGAUGGCAUCCUUGUAGUUGGGAUGGAUUGUGAAAUGCAUGUUUAUUCUCAGUGGCAGCCCCCUUCUAAACAAGAGCUAGUUACGACUGAUUCUUACAGUGGAAGCACACCAUCUAUCACCAGUUUGAUGAAACAAAGCCAGUCAACUGGUUCUGGCCUGCAUCCACCAAAGCGAAGUUUAACCAGAUCCAUGACUAGUCUUGCACAGAAACUUAGUGGAAAGAGAACUGCAUUUGAUCUCUCUGUAGAAAUGGAAGAUUCUGGUCUUUUUGAAGCAGCUCAUGCAUUAUGUCCAACUUUACCUCAGUACCAUCCUUUCCAGCUUCUAGAGCUUAUGGACCUUGGUAAAGUACAUAGAGCAAAAGCCAUCCUGUCUCAUUUGGUUAAAUGUAUCGCUGGGGAAGUUGUUGCUGUAAAUGAAUCUGAACCUAAUCCUGAUCGGCGACUUAGAUCUCUCACAAUUAGUGCUAGUGGAAGCACUGCAAGAGAUCCCAGGACUUUCAACAAAACUGAGAAUACAGACUAUACAGAAAUAGACUCUGUUCCACCACUUCCUUUGUAUGCAUUACUUGCUGCAGAUGAUGACUGCUCACAUGUUUAUUCAGAGAAACCCAAUAAUCAAAAUAAUUUAAAUAAACAAAAUGGCAUCUCAGAUGAAAAUUAUGAAAAUCUUUUUCAAAACUCCAGCCUGAGUACGGAUGAUCUUACUGUGUUUGAAGCAGAAGAAGAUAAUACAAAGCCGAAGGUUAUUGACCUUUCUCAGUACAGCCCAACUUACUUUGGACCAGAGCAUGCUCAAGUUCUUUCUCGUCACUUGCUGCAUUCUAGCUUACCAGGUCUCACCAGGAUGGAGCAAAUGUCACUGAUGGCAUUGGCAGAUACAAUUGCUACCACCAGUACUGAUAUUGGAGAAAGCAGAGACAGAAACCAGGGUGGAGAAACACUUGAUGAAUGUGGCUUAAAAUUCCUUUUGGCUGUUCAGCUGCACACAUUUCUGACAACCUCACUUCCUCCUGUCCAUCGAGCCCAGCUGCUUCACCAAGGUUUGUCUACUCGUCACUUUGCCUGGGCAUUUCAUUCAGUAGCAGAAGAGGAGCUACUGAGCAUGCUCCCUGCUGUGCAGAAGGGGGAUCCGACCUGGUCAGAACUCAGAGCUAUGGGUGUAGGAUGGUGGGUUCGGAAUAUCCAUAGUUUGCGAAGAUGCAUAGAAAAGGUAGCCAAAGCAGCCUUUCAACGAAACAAUGAUCCACUUGAUGCUGCUAUUUUUUACCUUGCAAUGAAAAAGAAGGCUGUGAUUUGGGGAUUAUACAGGUCCCAAAAAGAAACUAAGAUGACACAGUUCUUUGGAAACAAUUUUACUGAAGACAGAUGGCGUAAAGCAGCAUUAAAGAACGCAUUUUCUUUAUUAGGCAAACAGCGCUUCGAACAUUCUGCAGCAUUUUUCUUGUUGGCUGGUCACUUGAAGGAUGCAGUUGAGGUUUGCCUUGAAAAAUUGGGAGAUAUUCAGCUGGCUCUGGUAAUAUCAAGGCUUUAUGAGUCAGAGUUUGAAGUAUCUAGCACGUAUAAAUCCAUACUGCAGAAGAGAAUUUUGGGAGGUGCAUAUCUUGGUAAGGAGAGCUCAUCAACUAUGCAUUGUGACCCUUUUCUACGAAGUAUGGCUUUUUGGAUUUUGGAAGAUUAUAGCAGGGCUCUUGACACUCUAAUUAAGCAACCUGCUGGAAAUGAAGAUGAAAAUGGUGCCUCCCCAAGUUGUGAUCCUGCAGUGUUCAACUUUUAUAAUUAUCUGAGGACACAUCCUCUCCUGUUGAGACGUCAUUUUGGCUCUUCUGAAACAUCUUCAACACGGAUUUGCCUAACUGUAGAAAAUGGACUGUCAGACAAAAUAAAUUUAAGUGAAAGAAGAUUGUUUUUCACUACAGCACAUGCCCAUUUGAAGGCUGGCUGCCCUAUGUUGGCUCUAGAAGUGUUAUCAAAGAUGCCAAAAGUGGUCAAGAAGUCAAAGCCUUUUGGUAUGAAUUCUAGUUUCAUGGACGUUAGUAAAGACUUUUCACCUUCUUCACCAAUAAAGUUAGACACAAAGGAAGAUAAAGCUUCCAUUGUUGACUGGUCACAACCAGUACUAAAUGGUUUGGGAUCAUCUUCCGAUUGUUCAUCAGACAAACAGUCCAGCUCUGCCCUUUCUUUUGAUUGGAGCCAACCAAGUCUGAUAUUCCAAGAUGAACCAUUGGAGUUAAAAUGGGACAGCGAUAAAGACGAAGAAAGUGAAGAUUCUCCUCUUGUAAUGAAAGAUCUGAAACCUUUGCAGAAGCUGACAAUUGAAAAGCUAGAUGAAACUAGUUCUAACUACUCAGAAUCCUUCAGUGCAAUGGAUGAAAAUAAUGUUUUAAGUCCAUCAGAAGAUGUGAUCUCAGCACAGUUGAAGUUUAGAGCAUGCUUAAAGAUUCUCACAGUAGAGCUUCGUACAUUGUCCACUGGUUAUGAAGUAGAUGGUGGGAAACUGAGGUACCAGCUUUAUCAUUGGCUUGAAAGAGAAGUGAUAGCUCUUCAAAAAACCUGUGAUUACAGCGCUGAAAUAGAGGAGGUACAACCGGGGAUUAGCAUGUCUGGUGAAAUUGCUUUAAGUGAUAACAUCGAGGAUUUAUCUGACCAGCAAAAAGCCAUGCUGCAGAGAGAGAAUUUUCAGAGAAGACGACAAUGGCUUCUAAAAUAUCAGUCACUCCUGAGGAUGUUUCUUAGUUACUGUAUACUUCAUGGAUCUCAUGGUGGGGGUUUGGCAUCUGUGAGAAUGGAACUGAUUUUGCUUUUACAAGAAUCUCAGCAGGAACAGUCAAUACAAACACUUCCAAGUCCUCUGCCAGAACAGAAUUCUAUACCUCUCCUAUUUGCCUGCACAGCCAGUGCCAAAACAGUGGUGGCCAGUCCAUUACUGCAUCUCAGCAACCUGACUCAUGAUAUAUUACAUACUGUAAUAAACCUUGAUUCACCACCUCACCCAGAUAUCCAGAAUAAUAAAAUACAUGUAAUGCAUACUUUAGCAGCAUCAUUGUCUGCCUGCAUCUAUCAGUGCCUUUGUGGAGGACCCAGCUACAGUUCAUUACAAGCAAACCAGUUCACUGGAACAGUAUACCAGACGCUGCUGCUUACCCAGCGACCUACUCUAAGAACAACAAGUUUAGAUGAAACUGUAACUCCCAAUACAUCUCCAACUCAGUGGCCAGGAAUAACAGCUCUAAUUCGUCUUUUGAAUUCUGCUGGUGAGGAAGCCCAGCCAGGACUCACAGUUUUACUCUGUGAAAUUCUAACAGCAGUCUAUCUUAGUCUCUUCAUCCAUGGUCUGGCCACGCAUUCCAGCAGUGAAUUAUAUAGGAUUAUGACCCAUCCUUUUAACGACAAAAUGUGGUCUGCUAUCUUUGGCGGAGGAGCUCAUAUUCCUAGGAAAGGACAGAUGCAACAGAGAACAAAAACUGUUUCUUCUUCUGUAGACAAUGGUAAGAAGCAACAAAGAAGUUGUACGCUUUUAUCAAAAAUCUCUCCAAAAGAAAGUUCACAGUCUCCAUCCUCAGAAGAGCAAGAAUCUCCAUCUUAUAGGGAAAAGUUUAUCCCACCUGAGCUUAGUAUCUGGGACUAUUUCAUAGCAAAGCCUUUUCUUCCAUCCUCACAAAGUAGAAUCGAAUAUGACUCAGAGGAGAGUCAGGGAAGUGAUGAUGAGGAUGAUGCUUUUGCAUCAGAUUCACACCUUCAGGAACACUCGAAUUCAAAUUCUUACAGUUGGUCACUGAUGCGAUUGGCUAUGGUUCAGUUGGUGCUUCAUAGGUUGAAGAAUUUCUAUCCCUUGGCUGGACAUGAUCUUUCAGAGCUUCCAGUUAGCUCCCCUCUGUGCCAUGGUAUUCUGAAGACAUUUCAACGCUGGGAGCAAGUUCUUCUCCGGCGACUUGAAAUACAUGGUGGUCCCCCUCAGAAUUUAAUUUCUGCUCAUACCUCUGAAGAUGCAUUAUCAGCAGGUCCUGCUCUCCUUCGCCACAAAGCUUUGCUUGAACCCACAAACACUCCUUUCAACUCUAACAGUCACGUUGCACUGUCUGUGAAGAGGCUUUGGCAGUAUCUAGUUAAACAAGAGGAAGUCCAGGAAACCUUCAUCAGAAAUAUAUUUACAAAGAAAAGAUGUUUAAAUGAGUCAUUAGAGGACCACAGUGAAACCAUCAAAAAUACUAUGAUGGAGGAGCCCAUCUUCAAUAAGGUAGAAUCAGAUCUGGAACAUCCAGGAGGUAAAGCAAGAAUUAUUCAUAAAGAAUCUGACAUCAUUACUGCUUUUGCAGUCAAUAAAGCAAACAGGAACUGCAUUGCAAUAGCUUCCAGCCAUGACAUUCAAGAACUAGACGUUUCUGGGAUUCUUGCUACACAGAUCUACACCUGGGUUGAUGAUGACACAGAAGUGGAAGCUAAAGGGUCUGAUGACUUCUUGGUUAUACAUGCACGUGAUGACCUGGCAAAUGUUCAGGGUACUACACCUUAUACACACAGCAAUCCUGGUACCCCUAUCAACAUGCCUUGGCUUGGCAGUACACAGACUGGGAGAGGUGCAUCUGUGCUGAUAAAGAAGACUAUUAACAAUGUCAGAAGAAUGGCUUCCCAUCCAUCCCUACCUUAUUACUUGACAGGUGCGCAAGAUGGUAGUGUAAGAAUGUUUGAAUGGGGCCAUUCACAACAAAUUACAUGUUUCCGCUCUGCUGGCAACACAAGGAUAACACGAAUGAGAUUCAAUCACCAAGGAAAUAAGUUUGGGAUUGUUGAUGCUGAUGGAUAUAUAUGUUUGUAUCAGACAAACUGGAAAUGUUGCCCACUUACUGGAAGCACACCCAAACCAUAUCUGACAUGGCAGUGUCACAACAAAACAGCCAACGAUUUUGUUUUCAUCAGUUCCUCCUCUUUGAUAGCCACAGCUGGACAAGCUACUGAUAACCGAAAUAUAUGUUUGUGGGAUACCUUAGUUGCACCUGCAAAUAGUUUAGUACAUGCUUUUAUCUGUCAUGAUAGUGGGGCAACUGUGCUAGCAUAUGCUCCAAAACAUCAACUUUUAAUAUCAGGAGGCAGAAAAGGCUUUACUUGUAUAAUUGAUCUUCGCCAAAAGCAACAACGACAGCUAUUCCAGAGUCAUGAUUCUCCAGUUAAAGCAAUUGCUGUGGAUCCUGCAGAAGAAUAUUUUGUUACAGGAUCUGCAGAAGGCAAUAUAAAGGUAUGGAGUUUAUCUACCUUUAAUCUUCUUCACACUUUCAUCAAUGAGCAUGCUCGACAGUCAAUUUUCAGAAACAUUGGAACAGGAGUCAUGCAAAUUGAGACAGGACCAGCAAAUCAUAUAUUCUCCUGUGGAGCUGAUGGAACAGUAAAAAUGAGAAUCUUGCCUGAUCAAUUUAGCCCAUUAAAUGAACUUUUGAAAAGUGAAGUGAAAUUUAUGCUCUGAUAUUUUUGUCAAUAUUGUGUAUAACUUUUCUGAAAAUAUUUUUCAUGGAAAUGCCAACAAAUGUAAUGUACAAUGUUAGUUUUACAGUUGGUGCCAUGAGGACUUUUGGUUUCCUGUGUUCAUAUUUAUUUCCUGGAGCUUAAAUCCAUGAUGCCUUAAAGAUUAACAAGGUCCUUUUAGAUUUAGAUUAUAUUGCCUAAUGUAGGAAUCCUAUAUGACCCUAAUGUAUUUUUCAUAGAGUAUCACCCAUGCGCAUAUAUAUAGUAUGUUGCUGAAAUGUUUUUUCCUUUUGUGGUAACCUCUACUCGAUCCAGAGCCUGGGCUCUUCUCUCUCUGAACACCUGGCCUUCUCCCAAGUCAGGUCCAGAUAAAAAUCUUGUACCAUAAUACCCCCUUUAUUUUGAUAGUGACAAAUGUCUCCCAUCAAACUUUUAUUCUUUGGCUGCCAUGAAUAAGUGUGUGCCUCUCUGUUUAGAAAAUAAGCAAACCUCUUCCUCUGAAGCAAGUGCUUAUGCCACAGCAGGAAGUAGCCACAUGGGACACUGAUUCGAACCACCAUCACCCUCCCGUUUGUGGAAUCCAGGUUUGUUACCUCCGCAACUCACCUGAGCCCCCCCUUUUUUUCCCCUCACCUAGGAUACAAGAAACUGAAGGAUAUUCCAUAACAUGGGUUUUCUAUGCCAUAGCUUGAAACAGUCAGCAGAAUAGCAAUCUUACUUUAAAAAAGCCUAUAUUUUUAACCUUGAACUCUCCCUUUUCAAAAUAUGCAAAUAUGUGGAUAUCUUCCUAAUAAAACUAUAUGAAGAUGAAAUGUGUGAAGCUUUAAUCUUGACUAGACGUAAAACUACAGACAGGUAUUGUAUAGCAUAAGGAAUUAGAAUUUAUCUUUAAUAAAGGGUAUUUAUUUAAGAAUCUGUAAAGAGAGGAAGCAACUGAAAUAUUUUACAUUUUCCAGUGAGAUUUUUGUAUUUAGCCCAAAGAUGCUGAAUUUGUUUCUAGCACUUGUCUGUCUUUCUAAGCACCUUAAAAAAAAAGCAAAUAAAUACAAGAGCAAAGUAUUUUAUGAUCUUAGCUGUAUAAAAUACACUGUAGAUGUAUAAAGUAUAUAAAAUGAAAGAAAAAAAUGUACUGAAUGCAUUUGGGGCUUUUUCUUUUUUGCCAAAAUGUAAAACUGCACAACUUAAAUACCUGACCAAAAUAUUAAAACUGCACAAAGCCUUGGAAUCUUUUUAACAUGAUAAAACUGUUUGUGAAACUAUUUUAUGUUACUAAAUACGAGGCUGAUUAGUUACUCAAAUGAAAAUAGUAUACUGUUAUGCUAAGAUAUUUUGUAAAAUAGAGGAACAAAACAAGGAACAAUAUUUGAUGUAAAAUAAACUUGACCAACUGAGGGGAUAAACAGCAUAGAAAUGAAGGGCUUGUAAUAUUUGUAAUAUUCUCAGGUUACUUUUAUCUUAAGAAUAGAAGUUUAAAGAAAUUUUGUAAAUUGUAUUAUAGUUUUAAAUGUAUGUUUAGCAUAUUGCCAUGUGAACACUAAGUAGAGGGUUUUUAUGCACGUAAACGACACUUAAAAUUGUGCAAUAAUGGUGAUAGAUUUUUUUUUUUUUUUUUUUUUUUUGGCUAUGGAGAAACCGG